AUGGAUGAUCAAGCUAAAGUUUUGAAAUAUCUUGUGUUAGUGGAGAAAUUAGCUGAAGAAAUAAUAAAUGAUAGAAGAGAAAUAAUAAUGCUAGAUAAAAGAAGAAAUCAAAAUAGAGAAGCUUUAAGAGAACUCUUAAAAUCAUCACAAUCAAAAUGUUGGGUGACAGUAGGGUCUGUCUUAGUGAAACAUAAUUUACAUGCAACAAAAUCUUUGUUAGAGGCAGAUCAGAAACAAUUAAAUAUAGACAUAAAUAAGCUUCGAAGUAAUCUUAAAUUAAAAGUCAAUAACUUAAGAGACUUAGAAAUGCAGCCACCUGUGCCUGGGCUGAUGUUAGUUCCUAUUUCCGAUAAAGAAAAUGAAGGAUUAUCAAGAGCUGGAUUGUUUUCUUCC